CAAUGCCGAAGAAUAAGGGAAAGGGAGGAAAGAAUCGCAGAAGAGGAAAGAAUGAGAACGACUUCAUGAAGCGCGAGCUCGACCUCAAGGAGGAGGGACAAGAAUAUGGACAAGUCUCAAAAAUGCUUGGUAACGGUCGUGUUCAAGUGUUCUGUUUUGAUGGAAAGCAGCGUGUCUGCCAUAUUCGUGGAAAGUUGAGGAAGAAGGUUUGGAUCAACGUGGGAGAUAUCAUUCUCGUCGGUCUCCGAGAUUAUCAAGACGACAAGGGAGAUGUUAUUCUGAAGUACACCCCAGAUGAAGCUCGCCGUUUGAAGAACGAGGGACUUAUCCCAGAAAACGCCAAGCUCAAUGAGAACGAUGAACAAGACGAGGGAGAGGUUGAGUUCUUGGAUCACGUCGGAGACGAGGGAGAGGCCGGAGAAGCAAAGUCUGACUCAGAUUCAUCAGACAGUGAUUCGGAGAAGUCUGACGAAGAGGCAGGAUCGGAUAAGGAAGAAGAAUCGGACGAUGAUUCUGAAGAGGAAUCAGACGAAGAUUCAGAUGAUUCGGACAAUAUUCGGGAAGAGGACUUGGCAGCUGGUCGUGGAUUUAAAGAGGACACUCGUCGCGGCGGAAAUCGUGGUGGCAAGAACAAGUACGGAAAGAGACGCUAAAUUGAUUAAAUUAUUGGUUUUUAAUUGUUUCCCCCGGUUUCUGUUCUUUCUCCCCCUAAAAAUCCAUUGUUUCUCUUUCGAUCCUUUUCAGACAUUAUCUUCCCAUCUUCUCUGUCUCCCGAAAUUCCGUUACUUGAAUGCUACAAAGUGAAAUAAUUCGAUUGUGGUGUCCGAUGAUCAACACAACCUCAAGGUUUCGGUCCAUCGGACACCACUUGAUGAAACAACUCAUUUAUUGCAAAUUAUCCCGUAUUCCACUAUUUUCCUUUCAUUUAUAUUGUUUUCUGAUAAACUUUUCUUGUU